AGGGAGCAGCAAUUGACCGUAUACUCGGUGAAAUAGUUCACAGUGAAUCCAUCACAACUCCAAUUGAUUAUGUUCUCUGCAUGGGGCAUUUUUUUGGAAAGGAUGAGGAUGUGUACCGAUUUUUUGAGCCAGACCUUCCUUGUGAUGCAAUGGGAGUUCCAAGAACCAAGUUAGGUGAUGCAAUGAUGGCAGGAGCAGAACAUGGGGGUGUGAUAAAGAAUUCAUCAAACAAGACUAAGCCAACAUCGAUCUCUAAAAAAGCAACACAAAACAACCCAUCAGGGGAUGGACGAUGCCAGCCCCUCGAAAAUGCUUCAUGGAAUGUGUUGGAUCUCAAGAAGGAGAAUUACUUCUCAUGUGCAGUUGGCCAGACUCGUACAGAUGCUCGAUAUUGCAUGAAGACCUCAGGUGAUGUCGUGAAAUUCCUAAUUGACCUGGCUGCAGCAUCAAUCCCAUAAACACCGACUCUAUAUCAAGGGAUGAAUUAGUCUAGGCUUCUUAAUCAUUCUCUUCUUCCUCCGCGUUAUCGACCAUCAAAUCUCUCUAGGGUGUUUGCUUUGUGAAGUUUAGCUUAUAGACUUGACAACAAUGUUUGAACGUAUAAUCUCGAACUAAUGCAGUGAUAUAUGUUUCAUAUAUGUAAAUUUACAGCACUUCUUUAAAAAAACGGAUGUAAAAUGAAAAUAGAUAUCUAAUAUGCAUUACUUUAAUA